AGCCCAACCAUGUACUGUACGUGGAGUAGUUACUAAGAGUGCUCCAUCUCCAUCUCCUCACUCAUCCUCCUCGCCUGGCCAUGGCGCUCGUCUCACUCAAGGCCAGGCUCAACACCCUCCUGGCCAUCAUGUACGCCUCGGGCACGCUGGACAAGCAGUUCCGGCGGCUGCGGUCGAUGGAGGAGGACGGCAGCGCGCCCCCUGGCUUCGUCGCCGACGCCGUCAGCCUCUUCAUUCGCGACGCCGACAGGAUCCUCACCGACAUCGCCGGCCUCAUGAAGCAGCCGGUGGUGGACGUCGACGAGGUGGACGCCCUGGUGCGGCGGCUCCAGGGAAGCUGCAGCAGCAUUGGUGCUAAGAAACUGAAUGUCUCCUGCACGUACUUCCGUCGGUUCUAUGAAGCAAAAUGCAAAGGAUGCCUCUUUGCGCUGGCUGUUUUGAGGAAUGAGUUCUAUGACGUGCGCAACAAGUUUCAGACCAUGAUGCACCUGGAGCAGCAGAUCGAGGCCUGCAGUCCUAAGUUAAGUGACAAUAAUUGAAGCAAGAGCAUAUGUAGAGUGACCCCUGGCAUGAUUGGGUGUAUGCAUCAUUGAAGGCUCUAGACAAUGUUCAACGGUUGUUGGGAUUUGGAGGGCCUUCGCAGGAUCAGACUGGUUCUCGCGGCGGAACUCCGGACUCAUAACCCUUCAAAUGAAACUUCUUGUCAUAUGUUAAUGUAUCUGUCAACUCUAUACCUGUUUAUGUCCAACUAAUGGGCCGCUGUUGGAAGGCCGCUCUAUGUUUAUGUCCAACUAAUGUACUUCUUGUUGUA